AUGGCAAGCUUCAACCAAGAGAGCAGAGCAGCCCCGCAGAGGGAGGAGGCACCUGUACAGAGCAAGUACGGAGGCAUUUCUCCGAAGAAGCCCCUCAUCAACAAGGACCGCGAGCGCGCCUACUUCGACUCCGCCGACUGGGUCCUCGGCAAGCAAGGCGCGAGCAGCAACAGCACCACGACGGUCCUCGCCACCACCGAGCCCCUCAAGCCCAAGCUACAGAGCAUCCCACACGGCCACACCCCAUCGCAGCACAGUCCCAAUGGUCGCGCAAAUUCACAUCUGUCGAUGGGCUGUUGGGAAACAAAAUCGGACAACUUGGGCUCAGGCGCUCAGCCCUAUGAAACUGUCAAUGGGCCUCAAGUUGUGGGCUCCGACAAGAUAAAGUGGUUUGCAAUUCGCCAUAUUUCUUCAUGGAAACCACUAUUAGAAUUCCUUGUCAGCAUCCACAAAUUGCCCAUGUUUGAUGGUGCAGCCAUGACACUACCAUGGGCCUAA